CUUCCACCUAAAUGAACAGUCCGGGCGAGUAACUCUUCAGUGUUUACAUUGUGGAUUUUACUGGUUCUAUACAAUUUCAGGAAAUGAAGGUGACUCAGGAAUGGAUCGAGUUGAUUUUAUCCAAAAACAACCGAUGGAGAUCCAUCGCGAAAGUGGUCGGCUUCCAAAUUAUCCCUGGUGUGGCCAAAGGCGAAAACUAUUCCAGCGAUAUGUCCCGGCUCUUGGUGGACGUUCUUCUGGAUUCGGGCCAACGUGAGAGUAUAUCGAUAAUCGUCAAAUCCAUGCCUUCCACCGAGUUCAGGAGGGCCCGACUCACCGAAAUGGGCGUGUUCCUCAGGGAAAUCUACGUGUACCGAGACAUCAUUCCAAACAUGGAAAAGCUGAUGGAAGAAGCUGGUGACAAGAGCGAGACCGUUUGGUGCAAAUGUAUGGACUAUACGCCGUAUGAAACACUCGUAUUAGAAGAUCUGUCGGAACGUGGAUAUAAAUUAGUUGAUCGGUUGAAAGGUCUUGAUUUCGAACACUCAAAGCUGGCCGUCCUCGCCCUGGCCAAGUUCCACGCCAUUUCUGUAGCUCUUCAGGAAAGGGGAUUCAUUCCGUUGAAUAUUUUCGAAAAAGGAGUUUAUGAAAAUGCCAAGGCAGUAGCGGACCAGUUUCAGGAAGACAUGCUCCUCCAGUUUAUUGAACAAUCGAAUAAAUCCUGGGAUGACGAAUGGAAACCGAUAUUGGCAAAAAUUGAACAUAAAAUGCUCAGAAAAAUUGCACGUCUUGUAGAUGAGAGCACUUUGAUGGACGAGUCAACAUUCCGCGUACUUUGUCAUAGUGAUUUCUGGCACAACAAUAUGCUAUUUAAAUAUGACGAGGAGGGAUGUAAGCCAGUAAUUGUAAAAUUUGUUGACUUUCAGCACACAACAUACCAGAUGCCCGCUCGCGACCUGCAGUUCUUUCUGAAUACAUCGACCUCACUGACUGUCAGGGAAUCCUAUCACGAAGAACUGAUUCUGUUGUAUUACAAAGAACUGAUUCAGAAGAUGGCCUUGUUCAAAUGCAAGAGGGAAGCUCCGAGCGAGAAACAGUUCCUUCGUGACGUGCAUCGGUUGGACUUUUAUGGGCUCACGACGACCAUUACGGCCCUUCCUUUAAUGGUCGUUGAAAAGCCUGAAGUGGUGCCGGACUUGGAGGAAUUUUGCAAAACUUCAAAGGAGAACAAAUGUUUCGACAUAGGCUGGGCUUUCAAAAGCAGUGCUUAUCAAGAAAUUAUGAAGAUAGUUAUCAAAAAGGCAAUCGAUAAAGGACUUAUUUGAAUUUAUGUUCAGUACGGUUCUACAAAAUUGUCAAUAUUUUUUUAUUGUUCAUUAAAAAUUAAAAUUAUAAUAAUAAUCACUCGAAAAAAUCUAACGUGCUCUAUUUUCUUUCUUGAUAUAACAUGAAGGUCGGCAUGAAGGACUCAGUAAACUAAAAGGGAUGGUACCAAAGUAGUAUGUAGAUACUUAACUCUUCUUACUUAACUGACAGACAUUUUAGAGUCGAACAAGGAGUUCAACAUUCAGGUCUAAGAAAAAUAAAUGCAGGACUACCCCAAGGGAGCAUACUAGUUUCAAUAUUUUACUUGCUGUAUAACAGCGAUUUUCUGAAAAUGAUCAAUGAUCAAAUGGUAGCCAAGAAUUAUGCUUUUAAUUACAAUUUUAAUAAUUAUGAUUUAAUUAUAUUGUCUUGCUCUUAGGAUUACAUAUUUUAAAUUUACCUUCACAACACUAGGUUAGUGUGUUAAAUUUCGCAUGACUUUGUUGAAUGGUGUGGAACCGACGAACAAGAGCUGCAACAUUUUAUGUUUCCCAACUGAACCUUGAAGAGGACUUGGAACGAAACUGGCGCCCUUAAUCUCCAAGGCGUGCAACCGCACAAUGUCAUCACACAUAAUGCUUAACUGUGAAAUUUGGCUUGUACAAUCUUUUUCUUAACACUGUUGAUUGUAAUAAUUUCUUACUAGACAGUUUGUGAUGUGAGUUGUUUCCAAAUUGAAAAGAUUUUUUUAAACAUGGAAGUUUAUUUAAUUUUUAAUUAGAUGUAGUUAAAAUUAAAUCUUUAAAAAAUUUCAUUCUUACCUUGAGAAUGUUGUGAUGUAUUUUUACCUAGCAUAAUAAAUAAUAACUCGUAUUAGAUGAUAUUAACCAAACAAUAAAUUAGAAAACCCAAAAGGAGGCAAAAAUAUUUUUGAACAAAAUAAAUGGGAUUCGUUUUAGUCUCCUUUUAAACCCUAAAAUAUUAAUUUUCUUAGGAAUAAAAAAUAUAUAUUUUUGGUUGUUUCUUCUCGCCAUUGUAUAGUGUUCCACUUUAAAACAUUCAUAACACCGCUGAUUUUUCAUCCGGUAUUAUAACCAAUGUAAAGCUGUACUUAUUUUCCUUAGACCAAUACUUUGGCUUUAUGUCAUUAUGAGAGAAAAAUAAAGGUGAAACAACUAAAAUCUC